ACAACUUACCGGCGCAUCUUUUGUAUCUCAUACUCGUUUAUCAGUCUCUAUCCUGCUCCUUGCCCUGAUUUCGCAGCGUUGCGCCCGACGUUGCCAAUCGGUAGCUCCGCUUUGUUGAUGCCAAUUUUCAACGCCGAAAAACAUUGACCCUAUUGUUUGUUUCUCCGCCCCAAUUCAUGGACUCGACAGAUCCGCAGGUCAUGGCCAAGUCCAGAAAACGGCCAAGGUCCAGGGGCUCGACAGCAUCGAUACACAGCGCCACAACGCAGCAGAAUGUUGACCAGACAUUCCCCGACACUUCGGAUGUCUAUUCGGCACAAUGGCUCCCUAACGAACAGGAUCAGCCACGAGAAAUCGCCCCGGCUACCCAUCAGAUGUCAGCCGAAGCUCUCAUCCUACACGCCGCAUCGCAUUUGCAUGGUAGUCGCGAGUAUUCCAUGGAAGCGCCAGUGAAUGCCUCUCUCCAAAGCGCUCCGUUUCACCAGAAUCCAAACCUAAGUCGACAGUCGGUGUCUGCCGAGUCCUUUGGUGGCAAUGGUAGCUUUGUCGAGGAUAGCCAGAUGUUGGACCGAGAGGGGAAUGACGAGGGCGAUUCGUUCGCAUCGAUGCCCGGAGCGUCAAAACCUGGGUCGAGAUCAAGUGCGAAUAAUGAACUCGAAAUGCGACAGCUCUUCGUCUCGAAUGAGCACCGCAACCUUCAGGAGGUCGCCGAGGAACUGCAUGGAAAUGAACGAGGACCCAACUCUGAAAGGACUCGCCAAGUCUUUGCCAUGCUUUGGAUCAACCAAGUUUGCUCCAGGGGCAAAGGAUCAGUUCCGCGAGGGAGAGUCUAUGCCAAUUACGCAUCUCGCUGCGCAACUGAGCGGAUAACUGUCCUGAAUCCGGCGAGCUUCGGAAAAUUAGUUCGCGUUCUCUUUCCUGGGCUGAAGACGCGUCGCCUCGGGGUUAGAGGUGAAUCCAAGUACCACUACGUCAAUUUCACAUUGAAGGAGGACCAACCAGACGUCCGCGAAUCAUCCACCCACCCUCAGAUGCCUCUUACGGAGAAUACGAAUUUCUCCCAAAACACCCAAAACAUGCCUUACCAAAACACGUCUAUGCGGGCCGAUCGAGCUGUCUUUCCGACCCCAGAUAUCGUGCAGCAAACUGAGCAACCCGCAGGCCGAUCUCACGAGUUCAGUCACAGUUUCUACAACCAACCCCUGGUAUCCAGCUUUGAGCAGCUCCAGUCCACGAUGGCCAAGACCGCCCAGCCGUGGAGCCUCGCCCCGGAGAGUGCCGAGAACUUCAAGCAAUCAGACACCUUGGUUCUUCCACGGAUCGAACCUUUCCUGCCCGACGGAACGGACCCAGACGCAGCCAAGUCUCUGGCGGCUCUCUACCGGUCGCACUGCACGUCUGUCGUAGAAUGCAUUCGCUACUGCAAGGAGAAGACAUUCUUCCACUUGUUCACCUCAUUCCAAGGCACCCUUACCAUGCCGGUCCAGAAGCUAUUCGCGAACGCUGCCAUUGCGCCUUGGAUUGAAGAGUGUGACUUCGUACUCUAUCAGCGAAUGAUGCGCAUUGUCUCCAGCCUAGCACUGCAGGUCGUGCCAAAGCCAGUCCUGGACACACUUCGCAAUAUCUCUGAGCGGUUGGUUCCACACCUGCAAGAGUCGUUUCAAGGACAACCCGCACACGUUAUCCGAGCCAAGGAGGCUCCCGCGACCAUCUUCGCGGGCUUGCUUGAUCGGGUCCUGCGUGUCAACCUGACAGCCCAUGCUGCCGCGAACAUGCUCUCGAACCCUGGGAACAGAGACCUCAUGUACAUGGAGUGGAUCACCAUGGUCUACGUCCGCAAGGUCGCCGAGUCUGUCCCGUCUAGGGGCAUGGACGACGUGGUCAGCCUGCUCCUCACCGAGAUACGGGAUCUACUAGAUCCAGUGGACAUUCCAUGGGAGAUUGAGUGCUCAACUCUGAAUGGAGACGUGGCGCUCAAAAUGGGUCGCCGGCCACAACGACGAGGCGGCUCGGGAGAGACGAGCGCGUCCAACGUUCUCGAUCGCUGGGUCAGUUUCUUGCGGUCUCUUCCAGGCCGGUUUCCCUACGCUUCGCACACGGAUAUCGUCUGGUGUGUACAGCGGGUAGGCACAGCCGUCAUGAGAGACCUCACCAUCUCCCAGGGCAAGAGUUUCGGCUCGUGGUGGGUGACCAAGUGCUGGAUCGAUGAGAUGAUACAAUUUCUGGCGGAGCAGGGCGGGUUCAUGAACCGGAAGACCACCCAAACUUCCAUCGCGGUGCCAAAGCGGCAGACGAUGAGCGAAGAUGCCAGCCGCCAAGGGUCGAGGUAUAGCAGCGGGAGCGACGACCUCAACAUGCCGCACAGGCCGCAAUCCCAGCCGCACCCGCAGCCGCAGUCGGAGAGACCGGAUUUCCAACCGGCGCCCACGACGAACAAUCACGAUGCUCUAGGAGCCGGCCAGCAGUCAAGCCAUGACGACAGCGGAAUCGGCAUACGCACUCCAGACGAAGACGUUCCAAUGAAGAAGUUCCCCCUCGUCCCGAAUGCCGGCCUAGAUCUCUUUGCUGGAACGGAGCUGCAGCGCCAUGUAGCAAACAUUUAAGAGGGCCUUUGAUUGGCAGUUUAAUUCCUUCCUUCUGAUCGCUGUUUUACUAGGUCUGGAGUUCGGGCGGUGUUAUACCAGGAAGGAAAG